AUGACAUUCCCUGGGAGUAACGCACUGGCCCUAUCCACAUGCUCCGAGUACACCACCCGAUUCGGUCCGCUGAGAUGCACCAGCCGCUUGCGCACCCCAGAUCAGUGGCAAGCCGAGCCGGUGCCCUCCAUCAGCCACUUCGGGUUGAGCGCCAGCAGCCAUUCCGAAGCUUGUUCAGUGGUCACCCAAUUCUCCCGCUUGAUGAACUCCUUUGAAUCAAAAUUUUUUGUUUGGCGGUUCGUACCUAGCACCAGCAGGCUGUGUGUUAAAGGUUAUGUCACCGUUUCCCAACCGUGCACCCAUUAUUGCUCGGUCGGCGGGAUGCGACACAGCGACGAUCCGCCAAAGCACGCCUUCUUCAAGCCUAUGUUGCGCAACUCGGGCGAGUUGUACGCCGGAUCCUGCGUGAUGUGGUCGUCGAUGAUCACCAGGAGUCUUCCUGUCGUCAAACCCUCCAGCACCGCAGGCAAUAUCUCGAGCACCCGACGACACCCUGGUAUCCUCGACAGUCCUCAAAAGAUCUAG